AUGUUUCAUAAAUUUUCUGCAAGGCCUAAAAAGGCCAGCAGACAGGCCAAGGACUUUGGACCUACCGGGCUGCCCAGCAAUAAGAACAACGAUGGCAAUGUCGAACAAACGGGCGCUUUCAUGACCAAGCGACACAAAGUCGCUAAAGCGUGCGACCGUUGCCGCUUGCAGCGCAUCAAGUGCGAUGAGACGAAACCUUGCGCACGGUGUGUCGGCAGUGAGGUAGAAUGCACCGUGUCUUAUGGUUCUACCCGUUCUUUUCAGGCCAAUACAAGCACCGUUAACCGCCCGGAGCGUGAGUCGCCACUGUUAUCUCCUGACCCACCUAUAAACCCAGGCAAGGAUGGGGGUCACUUGGAGAUCAAGAUUCCAAAUCGCAACGCCCGCCAAGAAUAUUUGGAUCACGCCGCUCAUGUCCUGGGAUUUUUCCACAGUGGGCAGUCCGACUCCUCACAUAACCCCGCCGCAAGAAGUUGUCUCUUCCCCCAACUUCCGCAUCCUGCUGUGCCCGCGGAGCACCCGCUGGCGUCGAACGAGCUACUCAAAAGCCAACGCAGCUACUAUAUCAGACUUUUUUGGGAUUUAUGCCAUCCCAUUCUGCAAAUAAUGACCGAGGCAGACAUAUCCGAGCUCGAAGCUUUACCACAGCCGACUAUAUUUGAUGAGUAUUCAGCCAAGAACGCCCUGGUCGAUUCUAUGAUUGCUUUAGGCAUACAGCAUAGUCAUGCCACCGGUCUUUCUCAGCGUAUACUGGGCUUUCGACAGCAAUCCCAAACAAGUUCCUCGUCGAAGACCACCUGGCCAGGGUUUGAAUAUUUUCAUCGCUCUCGUGAGUGUAUGAGGGCUAGCUCGGAAAUAACGAUAGACGCAUUGAGGUGCCAUAUUCUCAUGGUCCUCUACUUCAUGAAAGGCAAUGCCUUCUGCGACGCCUAUAAUUUGAUUGGGAUAACUAUCCGCAAGGCGUAUAUUGCGAAUUUUCAUCGACCACCACCGGCCUCUCUGUCUGAGAAUGAAAAGACUGCUCGCAUGCAAUUGUGGUGGUUGCUCUUCUCACUAGAUAUCCAGUGCUCUCUUCAACUCGGUGUGCCGGCCGCUAUUCAGGAAAGUCUCGUUAAAUGUCCACUUCCUGCCGAUGAUUCACUUGCUCACCAAAGCAUCGCUCCCGGCGACCGUGAUGGAUGCAUAAACGGCUAUAUUUAUUCUACCAGUGUGGCUAAACUCGCCGCCAUCCUAUCAGACAUUUCCAGUGCAUCUAUUUCUACCUCGGAUCUCGUCAACGAAGAUAAUAGCUCCGCUGCUCUUGAGUAUCAUGCCGCUACCCUCAAAUGUGCUCUUAAAGAUAUCGGACUCUGGCGCCACCAGCUACCUCCAGGGAUUUUGCCUCGCAAGUAUGGGAAUAACCCUGAAAAUACUGAGUUGCUUGACUUUGAUCGCGUUAUGGCUUUGCCUACUUCGCUACAGCGCCAAACUGUACUCUUGGAGCUUCAGUAUCACAACGUAUACACACUCAUUCAGAGGCCGUUUGUCCGUCUCUGCAACCUUUACCCUAAUACUAUCAGCAAAGCGAUCACUCAAUCCGACUCCCCACAGCCAUAUGUUGAUCUUCAAGUUUCCAGCGCCAUUCACCACGCAAUUAUGGUCAUAGAAACGAUUUUCACCGUCUGUUCUACAUCCGACGUACUAUACGGCUGGUCGGAGGUCUUGCAGCCUCUCUGGAACGCAACACUGACGAUAAUUGCCUACAUAUAUGCCAAGUCAUUGGACUUUGUUGAGCCUCCGGUGCUUGACUCACUUGCUCACGCUCAAACCAUUCUCAAGGCAUUUUCUCCCACUUGUCCGACUGCCUUUUGUGCCAAGGGCAUAGUCGGCUCACUCGCAUACAGCAUGCAUAGUAUGAUAGCGCUUGGAUCAGGUAAAACUGUCAACUAUGAUGAAAUAGGUGGAUAUCCAUUUGCUGCAUUAUCCAGGCGGCAGGUAUCCUCAGUCGGGCUUGAAAGCGCCUCCUCGCCCACCACGUCCUCGCCCACCAUGGGUUCAUCUUCGCAAAUGAGUAUUCCCGAUCUGAAUUGGAUGACCGUGCAAUUUGAUGAAUCAUAA